AUGCAGUCAUCGGAACUGCGGGCGAGUUGCGCCGGCAGACCCGACGUGCUGCAGGCCGGCAUUCGUCAAUGGUUGGAGCCAAGAAGCGAGGUCAAGGAGCCUAGAACGCCGUUUUCCCCGUCAAGAAACGCUGGAACCGCUCCCGAGCUACUGGAUAUCCAUGGCCUGAUGUCCGUUGGAAGAGCGCCCCCUGAAUAA